AAGGAUGAAGAGGUUACACGUAUCUGCCUUCUACCAAUUGAUCCCGGAAAGUGUCACAAAUCGUACAAAAGGUAUGGAUACGAUAUAAGGAGAAAAAGAUGUGUUAAAUUUGAUUGGGCCGGAUGUGGAGGGAAUGACAAUCGUUUCCGGACAGCAAUUGCAUGUAGGGAUAGUUGUGAGAACAAGCCCUCAUUAUUCAUGGAUGAAUGUCUUCUUCCAAUCGAUCCUGGAAACUGCGAAAUGUUGCAAAGAAGAUACGGCUACGAUAAAGCUACAGGAGAAUGCGUUGAGUUUGAUUACACUGGAUGUGAAGGGAACGAGAAUCGUUUUCGAAUGAAAUUUGAGUGUAAGCUUGCCUGUGAGGAUCGUCCUUCACUACGUCAAUACAUAGGUAUUCUUCCUUUGACUCCUUCAAAAUAUGCGACUGACAUUCGAGAAGAAGAAGACGUAUCAGGCGAGGAUAUAUUCGAAGAAAGUAUAAAUUAA